AUGUUUAAAAAAGAACCCUUAUCGGAAAAUAAUAGUCGUAAGCCUGAGGAGCCAGAACCAGUCGAAGGGCAUAAAUUGACCAAACUGUUCAAUAAAGUUACAGGACAACCUAGUUCUUAUGUUAACAAGUCAGAUUACAUCUUCGGUAAAACGUUAGGGGCAGGUACCUUCGGUGUUGUUAGACAAGCCCGUUGUAUUUCUUCUGGUGAGAAUGUCGCGGUGAAAAUAUUGUUGAAGAAAGCUUUGAAGGGCCAGUCAGUACAACUACAGAUGCUAUAUGACGAACUAUCCAUAUUACAACAACUAAAUCACCCAAAUAUUGUGAGAUUUAAGGAUUGGUUUGAAUCCAAGGAGAAGUUCUAUAUUGUUACUCAAUUAGCUACUGGAGGUGAGCUAUUUGAUCGUAUCUUGGAAAAGGGGAAAUUUUGCGAAGUUGAUGCAGUAUUCAUCGUGAAGCAGAUUCUACAAGGUGUUCAAUAUUUGCAUCAGAGGAAUAUUGUGCAUAGAGACUUGAAACCGGAGAAUAUUUUGUAUUUGAAUAAAUCAGAUGAUUCUCCUUUGGUGAUAGGUGAUUUCGGUAUUGCGAAGGAAUUGAAAGAUGAUAAUGAACUAAUUCAUAAAGCAGCAGGGUCUAUGGGUUAUGUUGCCCCAGAAGUUUUAACAUCUUCUGGCCACGGUAAACCGUGUGACAUUUGGUCAAUCGGUGUUAUCACGUACACGUUGCUAUGUGGAUAUUCUCCAUUUUUAGCUGAAAGUGCGGAUGGAUUCAUCGAAGAAUGCACCAGUGGUCAGUACCCAGUAGUAUUCCACAAGCCAUACUGGAAUAACGUAUCUAAGACCGCAAAAGAGUUCAUAUUAUGGGCAUUGACGGUGAGCCCAAAAAGAAGGCCUACUGCAACAGAUUUGAUAAAUGAUAUCUGGAUCACUUCUACCGAAAAAUCAACCACUGAUUUGCUUCCAGAAAUCCGCAAAGGUUUCGAUGCUCGUAAGGAAUUCCGUGAUGCUGUUGAAAUCGUUAAAUUAAAUAACAGAAUCAAAAAGUUGAAGGUCCUUUAUGAGAACCAAGAUGAAUCUGAUACCGAUAUCGAGGUUAACUCAACUGAUAGCUUUUCUAAGAAUGAUUAUUCUGCAGACUCGUUGCAAAGUUCAUUGAAAAGUCUAUCAAUAAAGGAUAGUCAUACAGAAUUGAAAUCUUCUCUCACCCAAAACGCCUUCGCGCAGCUUGUUCUGACUGCGUCUAAAAACAAAGAAAAAGUAAAGAGCUUCCAGGACUCAGGAAACUAG